GAGUUCGGCAGGCAGCGGCGCGCUCUCCUCCCAGCUCGGAGAGGCUGGGUGUGGGCCGGGCGAGGCGAAAGCUGGCGACGAGCCGAACCUGUUUCGCGCUCCUCCCUCGCCGGCGCUCCUCGCCACGGCUGCCGCGGUCAUGACCGAUAACAUCCCCUUGCAGCCGGUCAGGCAGAAGAAGCGGAUGGACAACAAGCACCGCGGCGGAUGCUGUGAAUGCCUAAGAUGUUGUGGAAGAAGAGAUCCCAGGCCUCGAACCGUCUGGCUUGGCCAUCCCGAAAAGAGGGAUCAGAGAUAUCCACGCAAUGUCGUCAACAACCAGAAGUACAACUUCUUUACUUUUCUACCAGGAGUCCUGUUCAACCAAUUCAAAUAUUUCUUCAAUCUCUACUUUUUAUUUCUUGCCUGUUCUCAAUUUGUUCCUGAAAUGAGGCUUGGUGCACUUUACACAUAUUGGGUUCCACUGGGCUUUGUGCUUACUGUUACCAUCAUCCGUGAGGCAGUAGAAGAGAUCCGAUGUUACAUGCGUGACAAGGAAGUCAACUCUCAGAUUUACAGCAAGCUCACAGCAAGAGGCACAGUGAAGGUGAAAAGUUCUAAUAUUCAAGUGGGGGACCUUAUCAUUGUGGAAAAGAACCAACGGGUCCCUGCUGACAUGAUUUUCUUGAGGACAUCAGAAAAGAACGGGUCCUGCUUUCUCCGAACGGAUCAGCUGGAUGGUGAAACAGAUUGGAAACUGCGCCUGCCUGUCAGCUGUACUCAGAGGUUACCUACUGCUUCUGACCUUCUUCAAAUCAGGUCAUAUGUGUAUGCAGAGGAGCCAAAUAUUGACAUCCAUAACUUCGUUGGGACAUUCACAAGAGAGGACAGUGACCCUCCUGUGAAUGAGAGCUUGAGUAUUGAAAAUACCCUCUGGGCUAGCACAGUAAUUGCUUCAGGAACAGUUGUGGGAGUUGUUCUCUAUACAGGCCAAGAGUUACGCAGUGUCAUGAAUACCUCAAAUCCACGCAGUAAGAUUGGUCUCUUUGACUUGGAAGUUAACUGUCUAACCAAGAUACUCUUUGCGGCCUUGGUGGUGGUCUCCCUUGUCAUGGUCUCCCUCCAACACUUUGCUGGCCGCUGGUACCUUCAGAUCCUCAGAUUUCUUCUUCUGUUCUCAAAUAUCAUUCCUAUCAGUUUACGAGUGAAUCUUGACAUGGGAAAAAUUGUCUACAGUUGGAUGAUCCGGAGGGAUUCUAAAAUUCCUGGCACAGUAGUUCGAUCUAGCACAAUCCCAGAGCAACUAGGCAGAAUAUCCUACUUGCUUACUGAUAAGACAGGGACUCUAACACAGAAUGAGAUGGUUUUCAAACGUGUCCAUCUUGGAACAAUGGCUUAUGGGUUUGACUCCAUAGAUGAAGUUCAGAGCCAUAUCUUUAGCAUAUAUACACAGCAGUCGCAGGAACCACCUGUUUUAAAAGCACCCAGCCUGGCUACCAAAGUACGAAAAACCCUGAGCAGCCGUGUCCAUGAGGCAGUGAAAGCAAUUGCGCUCUGCCACAAUGUGACUCCUGUCUACGAAUCGAAUGGUGUGACAGAUCAGGCUGAAGCUGAGAAGCAUUAUGAAGAUUCUUGCAGGGUGUACCAAGCUGCUAGUCCUGAUGAGGUGGCCCUGGUGCAAUGGACAGAAAGUGUUGGCUUGACACUGGUUGGAAGAGACCAGGCUUCUGUGCAGCUGAGGACUCCUGGUGGCCACAUUCUAAACUAUACCAUCCUGCAGAUUUUCCCCUUCACGUACGAAAGUAAACGAAUGGGGAUCAUUGUUCGGGAUGAAUCUACAGGAGAAAUAACAUUCUACAUGAAAGGGGCGGAUGUGGUUAUGGCAGGCAUUGUUCAGUACAAUGACUGGCUAGAGGAAGAGUGUGGUAACAUGGCAAGAGAAGGAUUAAGGGUUCUUGUAGUAGCAAAGAAAUCCCUGUCUGAGGAGCAAUAUCAAGAUUUUGAGGCCCGCUACGUCCAAGCAAAAUUAAGUGUCCACGAUCGCUCCCUGAAGGUAGCCACAGUGAUUGAGAGUCUGGAGAUGGAGAUGGAGCUUCUGUGCCUGACUGGAGUAGAAGAUCAGCUACAGGUGGAUGUCAGGCCAACUUUGGAAACUCUGAAAAAUGCUGGCAUUAAGGUAUGGAUGCUCACAGGGGAUAAACUGGAAACAGCCACGUGUACAGCUAAGAAUGCACAUCUGGUAACCAGGUCUCAGGACAUUCAUAUAUUUAGACUGGUGACCAACCGUGGAGAAGCACAUUUGGAGCUAAAUGCUUUCCGCCGCAAGCAUGACUGUGCGCUGGUGAUUUCUGGGGAUUCCUUGGAGGUAUGCUUGAAAUACUAUGAGUACGAGUUCAUGGAACUGGCUUGCCAGUGUCCAGCAGUCAUCUGCUGUAGAUGUGCCCCAACACAAAAGGCUCAGAUUGUACGCUUACUCAAGGAGAGAACUGGGAAGCUGACCUGCGCAGUAGGUGACGGGGGAAAUGAUGUCAGUAUGAUUCAGGAGGCAGACUGUGGUGUUGGUGUUGAAGGAAAGGAAGGAAAACAAGCCUCACUUGCAGCAGAUUUCUCCAUCACUCAGUUUAAGCACCUGGGACGGCUACUGAUGGUGCAUGGAAGAAACAGCUACAAAAGAUCUGCUGCUCUCAGCCAGUUUGUGAUCCACAGAAGUUUGUGCAUCAGUACCAUGCAGGCAGUUUUCUCUUCGGUGUUUUACUUUGCUUCUGUUCCGCUCUAUCAAGGCUUCCUCAUCAUUGGAUAUUCUACCCUCUACACCAUGUUUCCAGUAUUCUCUCUAGUGCUGGACAAAGAUGUCAAAGCAGUAGUGGCUAUGUUGUAUCCAGAGCUCUACAAAGAUCUCCUGAAGGGAAGACCGUUGUCUUAUAAGACAUUUUUGAUCUGGGUUUUAAUAAGUAUCUAUCAAGGCAGCAUAAUUAUGUAUGGCGCACUUCUGCUUUUUGAGUCUGAAUUCGUCCACAUUGUGGCAAUUUCCUUCACAUCUUUGAUCCUCACUGAACUGCUGAUGGUGGCACUGACCAUUCAGACGUGGCAUUGGCUCAUGAUAGUGGCAGAAUUACUCAGUCUGUCAUGCUACAUUGCCUCACUGGUCUUCUUACAUGAAUUUAUUGAUGUUUACUUCAUAGCAACUUUAUCGUUCUUAUGGAAGGUGACUGUGAUCACCUUAGUCAGCUGUCUUCCUCUCUAUGUCCUAAAGUACCUGAGACGAAGGUUUUCUCCCCCAAGUUAUUCAAAACUAACCUCAUAGGAGCAAGGACUCACUUUUCUUCUUUGCACAGUGCUUACAGACUCAAUAAAUGUGUAUUCAUCAUCGAACGAUGUCCGACAGUUGGAUAAGCAAUCUGCACUGGCUGGGGAACAGUGCUGGAAGACUGAAUAAUUCAGUUAAAACACACACAAAAAGACCCUCCUCACAGUCAAACGAAGCAGAGAGAACUUAUAUCAGCGAUUCAGUUUUGUCACUUUAUAUUUAUCAAACUGAAAACAAAUGCAUGUAACUGGGAAGAAAAAAACUGUCUGCAUGGGAUGGGUCUGGAAAAUGCUGAGUCAGCUGUUGAGAUGACGGAUUAUUUUUUUUUUCAAAUGUAUUUUCCUUUUUCUGGGGGGUCAACUUAUUUAAUUUCCUCAUUUUUAUUGCUACUUAUCUUUUGAGUUCAGGUUCUCAUUGUGAAUAUUUUCUGUGCCUUGGGAAAUGCUUUCAUCUGAGCAACACAACAAUGUAGUUAACAGGCCACUGUACAUACCUCAAGCCGGGUUGACCUCUUUGAAGUGGUCCAACGCAAAUCAGAAUUACUGGUUUCUAUUGGCUACGGUUUUUCUUGAGUUUUCUGCAGAAAAGGAAUUCACAGACGACUCUUUCCAGUUAAAACAUGUUGCAGUGGUUUUCUAAAGGGAAUGUGUCUUUUUCCUAAAGAGAAAAUUAUUGAAAAGUUUUUUGGGAGGGGAGAAGAAAAUUGUAACCCCCUAUCCUGGUUCUGCAAGGACAAACUGCCCAUUUAUUAAGAUGAAGGUAAGAGUGGAAGAUCAUUACCAGGAAAAGAAGAACAGUCAGAAGCUCAGGUUUCACCCUACAAUUUACCACCUUCCCCUCUGCAACCUCCAGCUCUCUUUUCUGAGAUUUUCUGCAAAACAGCUAAAACAAGCUUGGCUGCCAGAACCAAAGAGAAUAAAGGGAAUGAGAUAACUUGACAGGUAAGAAAAAGGAUCAGAAGUUAGGGAUGGGCAAGGCCUUAGGAGUUAUUGAAGAAACAUUUGUGCAAAGCACAGCUCUGAAGCUACGUCACAAAACAACAGACCUUUAGUCACGUUGUCAUCUUGGAAGAGGCUUUGUACACUGCCUGGAUGCAACAUCAUUUUCUGGCCAAUGGAACUUCCAGAUUCAGACUGAUGCACAAUACUUGAAGGAAGUGUUACCUGUAUGGCUUGAUCUGUUCUGUCCAUAGGGCAUAAAUCCCCUUACCACUGCCUUUUUGGAUAUUUAUUAAGAAUCCCUAUUAAAAAUAAAAUUUUAAUGCUAAUUCUCCCGUGCACAUUCCCCAAUUCACAUUACAUUGUUUUCUCCCAAAAUGCAGGUUUCAUUAUACUUUCCCCCAAGUAUUUAGAGGCAGUUAUAAAUGUGCAGGGAUGCGGUGACUCAGUGGCUAAGAUGCUGAGCUUGUUGAUCAAAAAUUCGGCAGUUCAGCGGUUCGAAUCCCUAGUGCCGUGUAAUGGGGUGAGCUCCCGUUACUUAUCCCAACUUCUGCCAACCUAGCAGUUCAAAAGCACGUAAAAAAUGCAAGUAGAAAAAUAGGGACCACCUUUGGUGGGAAGGUAACAGUGUUCCGUGCACCUUUGGCAUUUAGUCAUGCUGGCCACAUGACCACCGAGACGUCUUCGGACAGCACUGGCUCUUCGGCUUUGAAAUGGAGAUGAGCACCACCCCCUAGAGUCGGGAACGACUAGCACAUAUGUGCAUGGGGAACCUUAACCUUUUACCUAUAAAUGUGCAGUUGUGUCCUCACUCUGAACAAGAAAAAGUGAUAAAAGCACUCCCACCAACAUUGACUGGGCAAGCCACUAGAAUAGAAAUGAGAGCAAACCUUACUCCUUACUGAUGAUGUUACAUAGUUUGGGUAAUGAAACAUCUGCAAGAAAACAAUCCAGCUCAGAGAGCCCCAAGGAGCCCUCAUCUUCCUUUCCAUUUUCUUCACUAUCCUGUAACAAAGGAAAAAUUCUCCUUGUAGAGCAGAUUGCACGAAGACUUGAACAUUGGGGUAAUCAGAGUUUAGAUUUAAGAUGGAAAGAUGAUUACACUCAGCUAAAAUGUUGUACUCAAUUUGAGUUGAGCAAAACUUUUGAACUCUGGUGCUUCAUGUUGGACAGAAUAUUUCAAGUGGGGUAUGGCCAGGUAAAGUAGAAUGGAAAAAAUACUGUCAUGAUCUGGACUGUGUAUACAUAUUAAUGCACCCCAAGAUAAGAUUUGCCUUUGUAGCAGCUGUAUCACACAGUUAUAUCAUGUUUAAUUUCUGGUCAAUAAGUACAUCUCUUAUCGCAUUCACUGCUGUCUAGUCAGGUCUUCCCCAUCCUAUACGUGCAUCUUUCACUUAAUUUUUCCAAGUGCAGAAUUUAAAUCUCUGAUAAAUCCAUCCUCUUCACAUCAGCUCAUUGUUUAAACCUGAUUAGAUAUUAUGAAGCUUUUUUCGUUCCUGAAGAGUAUUAGCUGAUAAAAAUAUUGAAAGCACAGGGUUUUGUGAUAGCACGCCACAUGAAACUUUCCCUCAAGCUGAAAUGAGCCGGUAUUAAGCAUGGUCAUUGACCCAGUUUUGAGUCCAAUAGCAAUAUCGUCUAACGCAGAUGACAGGCACAAAAUAGGAAUUAAGAAUUUCUGCUUUCUCAUCAUCUAUUAACAAUUUCUCACUUUCCUGCUGUACUCUGCUCUUUUUCACUUCUGAAUCUUUAUAGUGUAUUCCCAGAUAAAUUAGAGUUGAAAUUCUGGAUACACUUGGGAGUAACUCUUUUUAAACUUGUGUGUAAAAAUAUUGUAUGCAUUCGAGUGGGCUGUAAAGGACACUUUCCUUUAUAUGACUAAAGGAUCCAAGAGUAGAAUGCUAUUAUGCUAAUACUGUAUAAUGAAAGAGACUGCAAAUGGCUGAUUAAUACAAGUGAGAUAGCUUCUUUUUUAUUUUUUCACCUGCUGGAGAGGGGAUAGACAUGGAUAUAUUUGGGGAAAGGGUAUAAAACUUGCAUUUCUUUUACCUUCUGUAACCAUUUCCUUAACAGUAACUUUUAUUUUUUUAUAUAUGAAACUUUGGUGUUUGUGUAGAACAAUUUCCUCCAAUUAGCUACCUUUCAUUUCUGUAGGAAAUCAGCUUGGAAUAGCAAGAGUUGGAAUUUGGAAUCUCCAGAGAACACAGAAUUGGGGAAAGUUGGUGUAAUGAAUUAUGAGGUUAAUUCUGAGUGGUAUUGGCCAUUAUCCAUUGGAUGGUUAGGUAUCUCCACUGCACAAAGGACCUCCAAGAAUAGAAAUAAAGAUAACAAGGAAGCAAAACUUCUACUAUAACUGUUUAAACACUGGGGCAUUUUGAUAACUGCACACAUUCUGUAAUGGUGUUGAUUUCACAUUGGAAAUAAGACUAUGUGGCUGUAUAUUUUGAUCCAGAACAAUUGGUGAUAAAUCCAUGAUUGAAUGCAUCAGGUUGAGUAAACUCUUCUCCCUUCAGACAUGGUUGAACUAUAGAUGGCAUGGCCAUUGUAUAGGUUGCCCUGGUGGUGCAGUGGUUAGAAUGCAGUAUUGCAGGCUAAUUCUGCCCACAGUCUGGAGUUCAAUCCUGAUGGGGCUCAAGGUUGAUUCAGCCUUCAAAUCUUCUGAGGUCAGUAAUAUGAGGACCCAGAUUGUUGGGGGCAAUAUGCUCAAUCUGUAAACCACUUGAGACUGCUGUAAAGCAUUAUGGAGUGGCAUGUAAGUCUAAAAGCUAUUGCUAUUGCUAGGCACAAUAAUUUGUUCAUGAGUUGAGGAUCCAUAGAUUCCCACUCCUGGGACUAGGGAGUUUCCUCCUUAGGAAAUUUAGUUGUCACUUGCUGAUGCUAAGGCAAUUCUUUCAGAUCAUGUUUUUUUCAGGCUGGGUCUGGUUAGAAGACUAUUGGAUGACAUGCUCUCUGGGCACUUAAGUUAUGGAAGGCUUUUCAUCUGUAGGUCAUUCUUUCAUUUGGGCCUUUGUGGGGACUUCCUUUUUCCACUUGCUUUGUCCUCUUGACAAAUGAUGCCAUCAUCUCUAGUGCCAAAUGUCCUUUGGACUCAGAUACAUAACCUCUGCCUGAGGACCACACAAUGCUUUACGCAAUGUGACAAGGGCCAUGCUCCAAAAUAUAAAAUUAAAAUUCAUUUAAACUCUUCCCCCGUUCCAAAAAGUAAAUAAAAUACCAAAAAUCCUGGGUUGGACUCUGCAACCACAGAUAGGAAUGCCACGUACAGUCUCCCAGUCAAUAAUUUUUAUACUUCUACUGUGCAAUGUGCAUAUCAUGCAUGAGUAAUACAAUAAGGAAAUAUCCCAGAGGUAGAUCCUUACAUAGGUGGUCCUCAUUUAGUGACCAUUCACAGUUAUGACGAUGGAAAAGUAACUUUACAACCAAUCCUCACAUUUAAGAUUUUCACAGGUCUGUAAAGCAUAAGGAAAGCUGAAGUAAGAUCUUACACUGAAGUAGGUAUGAUCUUAUACCCACAGUAGCAGUUACACUUAGCAACUGCUUCACUUAACAACUGAGUUGUUCCCAUUUGUAGUUACUAAACAAGGACCACCUAUAUAUUAGAUAUUAAAGCCAAUAAUGACUUACUAAUGUAAAUCCAAGGGGAGGAAAUUGUCUGCCCAAUAAUUCCAUUUCUGGAGCAGAUUAGGAAGGGUAUUAAAUAAGCCUCCAGAGAUCAAAAUACAGCAAGAGUAACACAUCCAGCAUAGCCUAAUUAGGUACAGAAAACUAAACUGAGGAUUAAGGUUGGAUUAAAACUCAUGCCUGAGCAUUUAAAAUGGAACUGUCCAAGGGUGGAUUGUGUUUCAUUUUCCUUGGAACAUUUAAACUUGUGUUUGAGAGUAUUCCAAAACUUUCUGUUAAUUGUGAUCCGGUUGAUUGCCAUCACCUAAUUAAAUAUGUAUUUCUAAGCUUUUCAAAUGUACAGCAGAAAACUCUUUCCCUCUCCUGUGUUGGAGGUAUGAAUCCCCAUGUCAAAUUAUUUGUGAUGCCUAUGUUUUGUACUUGUCCUCUUGUCAAUUGAGAUGUGCAUAUUCUUGAUCAAAGAGAAAUAUACAUGCAAAUUGAGUAAUUGUCAUGUGCAGUUCCAUGUUGCAGAUGUGUAAGAACUUUUAAAAAGGGAAUGGUUGAAAACAAGUUAACAAUAAAUUUUAUGGAACUUCA